UCGCAGCGCGACUGUCGUGUGAGUUUUUUGCUUCUGCGGAGACGGGACAGGUUGGAGAAAAAUCAUCCAAAAAAUCCUUCUUUUCCAGAUCUAGAGCGUAACACCGAAACCUCCGAAUUCGACAUCUAGACCAGAAACAAUGGCAUCCGCUGUUUCGAAGACUCCGAUGCUCCGUGCCGCUGCGGCUCGUGGAUUCGCUGCCCAGGCACAGGCUGCCGCUGCCUGCCGUGGCUCAGCCGAUGUCCAGUGCACCAACCUGCCGAACAAGAUGACGGUCGCUUCGGCCGAAUCCGGUGCUGCCGUCGCUCGGGUCUCCAUUGUUUAUCGUGCCGGAUCCCGCAACGAAACUGCCGAUAACUUGGGCGCCUCGCAUGUCCUGCGUGCGGCUGCUGGUCUUUCCACCAAGACCGCCACCACUUUCGGUAUCACUCGUAACUUGCAACAGGUUGGAUCUUCGUUGACGGCCACUUCGGACCGUGAGACCAUUACCUACACGGUCGCCGUUACCAAGGAUGAGCUGGAAACUGGGCUGAAGUUCUUGGAGGCCGCUGCCACCGGUCAGGUCUUCAAGCCGUGGGAAUUGGCCGAUUUGACCACACGGGUCAAGGCCGAUAUCGCUCGGGUUCCGACGGAAGUGGAAGCCGUUGAGUCGCUGCAUAAGGCCGCCUUCCAUAGCGGACUUGGAAACUCGGUCUUCUGCCCGGGAUACAAUGCUGGCAAGCACUCGUCGGAAACCAUGCAGCAUUAUGUGGCCGCCAACUGCACCGCGGCUCGUGCCGCUGUUGCUGGCGUUGGCGUUGACCACCAGCUCCUGGUUGGAUUCGCCCAGAGCCUAAAUUUGGGAUCCGGUAGCAGCUCAGAGAGCAAGGUCGAUAGCUUCAACAGCAGCGAAAUUCGUCACGAACGUGGAGGAAACCGAGCUGCCGUGGCCGUUGCCACGCAUGCUCCCGGCUGGAACAGCUUGAACGAAUGUCUUGCCGGCUAUGUUCUCCAGUAUGCUGCCGGAACUGGUCCAGUAACUAAGCGUGGUGCCAACAAUGGUGCCCUCACCAAGCAGAUUGGAGAAGGUGUGGCCUCCAGCGCUCUGUACUCCAGCUACAGCGAUAACGGUCUCUUCGGAUUCGUCGUGGCCGGAAGUGCCAAGGAAGUCGGCAAAGCCGUCGAAGCCGGAGUCAAGGGCCUCCGAUCGCUGAACGUGUCGGACGCUGAUGUCGCCCGUGGAAAGGCCGGAGUCUACUCGUGGAUCGCCGAGUACCUGGAAAGCCACGGCACCUUGGCUUUCGAUCUCGGUGAGCAGGCUGCCCUGCUGGGAAAGAUCUACAAGAAGGCCGAAAUCCUUGCUGCCAUCGAAUCGGUUUCGACCAGCGACGUGCAGGCGGCUGCUCGGAAGUUGGCUUCCGGAAAGCUGGCCGUUGGCGCCGUCGGAAACUUGAGCAGCGUGCCGUAUCUUUGCAGCCUGAACUAAGGAGGGCGCAUGAGGAGAAAUGUGCAGAAUCGGUAUGUAGCUUGUAUCAUUAUUAUUCGUAUAAAUAAAAAAAAGGAAACCAAAAUGAAAGCGAAAUGAA